AUGCAUGACAGAGGAAAGGGUGUUAAGGGUCUGCAUGACACUGCAAAGGAUGUUGAGGGUCAAAAGGGUAGUAACUCAAAAGGUAAGGGGUUGUUGUGGAAGAAAGAGAUGUUGGGGAAUGUGAGAGAGAAUCUGGACCAGAAAAGAAAGUCAAAAAGGUAUCAAUUGGGAGUGAAAAGGUUGACUGCUUCUAGGGCAAAAAGUAGAGCAAAGAAACUGCUUGAAGGAGAUUACACCCAACAAUGUGCAAGGUUGAGAGAUUACUGUUUGGAGUUGCAGCAGAGAAACCCAAACACAACAAUCAGAAUUGGGACAAAUGUAGAAGCAAACCCUAAUUCAGAAACAAGACAGUUCAAGAGGAUCUAUAUCUGCUUGGGGCCAUUAAAAGAAGGAUUCGAGGCUUGUAGGAGAGACCUGCUAGGAUUUGAUGGAGCCUUUAUGAUAGGUCCAUAUCCAGGACAAGUUCUAACUACAGUUGGGGUAGAUCCUAACAAUGGAAUCUAUCCCCUUGCAUAUGCUAUAGUUGAGGCAAAAUGUUUUAAUUCAUGGAGAUGGUUUCUAGUUUGCUUGGGAGAAGACCUAGAUCUAUCUCCACAAAGUAAUUUCACUUUCAUGUCAGACAGGCAGAAGGGUUUGGUACCAGCAAUUGCAAAACUAUUUCCAGUGGCUGAACAUAGAUUUUGCUUAAGGCAUAUCUAUGAAAACAUGAGUAGAACUUUUAGGGGUGAAAUCAUAAGAGACUUGCUAUGGAAGUGUGCAAUCAGUACUACCGAGCAGGAUUUUGAAGCUGCAAUGGAGGAGUUGAGACAACAAAAUGAAGGUGCUUAUAACUAUUUGAAGGCAGUACCUCCCCACCACUGGAGCAGGGCACAUUUUUCAGGCAGGGCACAUUGUGAUAUACUAUUGCACAAUAUUUGUGAGAGUUUCAAUAGUAAGUUGGUUGAGGGUAGGGAGAAACCAAUAAUUAGUUGCCUAGAGUAUAUUAGGGAGUAUCUCAUGAAAAGGAUUGUCAUUGUUCAAAAGAUAAUUGAUACACAGAAGGGUCCAUUGACACCUACAGCUUCUGCAUUAUUUGAGUCCAUUAAGAAUGCUGCAAACCAUUGUACUGCUUUAUGGAAUGGAUCACAUAGAUUUCAGGUUAAGGAUUCAUACAGGGAUCAAUGUGUAGUUGAUAUACAGGAGAGGACAUGUAGUUGCAGAAAGUGGCAAUUGACUGGUAUGCCCUGCAAGCAUGCAGUUUGUGGUAUUUGGAAUGCUAGAGAUAAUUCUGUGCAUGACACAAUAGUUGAGGAUUGGGUUGAUCCAUGCUAUAGGUUAGAUACAUGGAAAGAGGUUUAUAGUUUUAAGGUGGAGCCUGUCACUGGAUCUUUUUCAUGGCCAAAGAAUAAUUGUCCAACUAGGCUUCUCCCUCCUGUUCAUAAGACUCAAGUUGGCAGACCUAAGAAACUAAGAAGGAAGAGUGUCAUGGAACUAGAAGAAGGAAAAAUGGUUAAAAAUGGUAAGCUUACAAGGACUGGGAAGACACAAUAG